AUGUCCCAAGAUCCAGAUCAAGCAAAAAAGCUCCAGGAGCUCUUGAAAUUGUUAUCUCUUUCUAAUGGAGAUACUUCUAAGUUAACUGUGCAACAACGCAAGAAGUUCGAAGAGUACAAAUUUUGGAGAACACAGCCCGUCGCGAGGUUCGACGAAAAGGUGGAUAACGAGGGACCCAUAGAUAGCAGCAGAACUCCGGCUGACAUUCCAAGUGAACCAUAUCCACUUUUGAAAGAAUUUGAGUGGUGCACUGUGGAUAUUACUAAUCCCCAAGAACUAGAGGACGUUUUCGUGCUGUUGAAUGAAAACUACGUGGAAGACCAGGAUGCAACUUUCAGGUUCAAUUACACUCGUGAAUUCUUCAAUUGGUCCUUAAAACCUCCUGGGUGGCACAAAGAAUGGCAUGUAGGUGUGCGCAUUAGAGACUCCGGCAGACUGGUCGCUUUUAUCAGUGCAAUUCCAGUAACUUUGAAAGUCAGAGGAAAGGAAGUCAAGAGUGUAGAGAUCAAUUUCUUGUGUAUCCACAAAAAAUUACGGGCGAAGAGGUUAACGCCUAUCUUAAUCAAAGAAAUUACAAGAAGGGUGAACAAAUGCGACAUUUGGCAAGCUCUUUACACUGCUGGUGUGGUACUUCCAUCUCCGAUAGCAGUUUGUCGUUAUGCUCACCGUCCUUUGAAUUGGUCUAAAUUGCACGAGGUUGGCUUUACCGCUUUGCCCGCCAAUGCAUCCAAAACACAAAUGAUUGCGAAAUACACUCUGCCCAAGGGAACUGACACUCCGGGAUUACGUGCCAUGAAGUACGAAGAUGUAGAUCAAGUUUUUGAUUUAUUCAACGCUUAUCAGGAUCGAUUUGAUUUAGUUCAAGUAUUUACAAAAGAAGAAUUCAAGCAUUGGUUUUUGGGAGCAGACACUGUUAUCUAUUCAUAUGUCGUCGAGACCGAAGGAAAGAUCACGGAUUUUGUGUCUUUCUACUCAUUACCCUUUACUGUUCUAAACAAUCCAAUGUAUAAGGAACUUGGGAUCGGGUAUCUAUUUUACUAUGCAUCUGACGCUGAUUUGGGCUUUGACGAUAGAUUCGAUCCAGCUGCCACCUCGACCUUGAAAAAGAGACUAAAUCACUUGAUCUCCGAUGUUUGCAUCAUAGCGCGUGAUUUGAAGAUGGAUGUAUUUAACGCCAUGAGUUGUCAAGACAAUACCCUUUUCUUGGAUGAUUUAAAGUUUGGCCCAGGAGAUGGAUUCUUGAACUUCUAUCUUUUCAACUACAAAGCAUUCCCGAUCUCAGGUGGUUUGACAGAUGAUAAUUCCUUCGACGUGAAGAAUCGUAGUAACGUCGGUGUUGUAAUGCUAUGA